CUUUCUCUCUGACAUUUUGAACCCCCGUUUAUUACUUUGAUUAUUCUUCAUUUCCCCUCUCCUCUUCCCUUCUCCUGUCCCGUCCGUCCCUUAUUUUCCCCAUAAAUCAGACUCGCCUAUCAGAAUCUGAAACUCCCGCCAGCGACGGAGCCUCUGCGCUAUCGCAGCGACCUGAACGCUCGUCGAUUCCCACAUUCCACCAGUCCCUCCUGGCGCAAUCUCCAAUCUCGAUUUCUCCCCCCUCCCCUUAGCCAGGAAUUCACAAAGGGGGCUGGUCUAUUGGAACGCUUAAUUGUCCGACGCACUAUCGGCCAUUAUGUCCUAUAAUCGCUUGGGAGACCCCUAUGGGGAGGAAGAGAGUCACACUCCCAUGAUGAAUCCUCACCAUCUCGAUGCUCGAUCCCCGUCACCGGGCCGGCCAUUAAACGCCUACCAGCUGUCGGAUAAUCCCUAUGCGCCUCGCGAACACCUGGAGAUGCCCUCCAGCGAUCGGCUGGCAGAACAACCAACGUAUUCGGUCGAGAGACUCCCAAACUCUUAUGGUCAUAACGAACUCUACGAAGAUCACCACCCUCAUGCCUACCCUGGUUACGAAUACUCCCUUGACCCAGAAGCGCAUCACGACGCUUACUAUACCCAACCUUACCAGCCGGCGGUAACGCCGCAUGAAGACUAUGACUUGGGGCAAUAUCCCGAGCAUCAACAAUCAUAUACCGAUGAUCGGGUCCCUAUCCUGCAACCAGACAACCCAUUCGGGCCGGAUCCGUAUGCCGAUGAGUAUGAAGAGGAGCCUACAAUCGCACCUACGCCUAGUCCGGCGCCAGUUCGUCGAUGGAAGACCGUCAAGGAGGUGCAGCUCUUCAACGGUAACCUCGUGCUGGAUUGCCCAAUUGCGCCCGCCCUGCUCAGUCAGGUCCCUCACGCCGAACCCCCGGGUCGAGAUGAGUUCACGCACAUGCGUUAUUCUGCCGCCACGUGCGAUCCGGCCGACUUCUUCGAAGAGCGUUUUACCCUACGUCAGAAGCUUUUUGCCAAACCUCGACACACGGAGCUGUUCAUCGCGGUCACCAUGUACAAUGAGGAUGAUUUCCUCUUCGCUCGGACGAUGAUUGGUGUGUUCAAGAACAUUGAGUACAUGUGCUCCAGGACAUCAAGCAAGACGUGGGGCAAAGAUGCAUGGAAGAAGAUUGUGGUGUGUGUCAUCAGUGAUGGUCGUGCGAAGAUCAAUCCGCGCACGCGCGCUGUCCUGGCUGGUUUGGGAUGCUAUCAGGAUGGUAUUGCCAAGCAGCAAGUCAACGGCAAGGAUGUCACAGCACAUAUCUAUGAAUAUACCACGCAGGUGGGACUAGAAUUGAAGGGAGGCCAGGUUAGCCUCAAGCCUCGGUCUGGUUGCCCCGUCCAGAUGAUCUUCUGUCUGAAGGAAAAGAACCAGAAGAAGAUCAACUCGCACCGUUGGUUCUUCCAGGCAUUUGGACGCGUGCUGGAUCCGAACAUCUGUGUUUUGUUGGACGCGGGUACGCGGCCUGGAAAGGACUCGAUCUACCAUCUAUGGAAGGCCUUCGAUGUUGACCCGAUGUGUGGAGGUGCUUGUGGUGAGAUCAAGGUCAUGUUGUCGCAUGGAAAGAAGUUGCUCAACCCGCUGGUAGCCGGGCAGAACUUCGAGUACAAGCUCAGUAACAUCCUCGAUAAGCCUCUGGAGUCGGCAUUCGGUUUCAUUACUGUCCUUCCGGGUGCCUUCUCUGCGUACCGAUACGUCGCGCUGCAGAACGACAAGAACGGACAAGGUCCGCUGGAACGGUAUUUCCUCGGAGAGAAGAUGCAUGGUGCCAAUGCCGGUAUUUUCACGGCAAACAUGUACCUGGCCGAGGAUCGUAUUCUUUGCUUCGAGAUCGUGUCGAAGCGCAACUGCCGCUGGCUGCUACGAUACGUUAAGUCGGCCAAUGGUGAAACCGAUGUCCCAGACCGGAUGGCCGAAUUUAUCCUUCAACGUCGUCGUUGGCUCAACGGUAGUUUCUUCGCUGCAGUUUAUGCCAUUGCGCACUUCUGGCAGAUCUGGCGAAGCGACCAUAGCUUUAUGCGGAAGUUCAUGCUGUUCAUCGAGUUCAUCUAUCAGACCAUCAACAUGCUGUUCGCGUGGUUUGGCAUUGGCAAUUUCUUCCUGGUUUUUCAUAUUCUUACAGAGUACCUGGGCGAUGACGACCUGCUGGGCACAGUUGGUAAAGUGCUUGGCGUGGUAUUCGAGUGGCUCUACCUCGCGACGUUGGUAACUUGCUUUGUUCUGGCGCUGGGCAACCGACCUGGUGGAUCGAACAAAUUCUAUAUGACGAUGGUCUAUUUCUGGAUUGGUAUCAUGAUAUACCUCGCAUUCGCAGCGGUUUUCGUAACCGUGAAGUCGAUCCAAUCACAAGUGCAGGAAAGCGGUUUCACCUUUUCGGAUCUUUUCACCAACUACCAGUUCUUCUCGAUUAUCGUGUCGCUCGGCUCUACCUAUGUGAUGUGGUUCCUCGCCUCGUUCAUCUUCAUGGACCCUUGGCACAUGUUUACCUCCUUCAUCCAAUACAUUCUCCUCACUCCGACCUACAUCAAUGUGCUCAACAUCUACGCCUUCUGUAACACCCACGACAUCACAUGGGGUACAAAGGGAGACGACAAGGCAGAGAAACUGCCGUCUGCAAACCUCAAGCCCGGCGGCAAGGUUGACGUCAACAUCCCGCAGGACGACGGCGAUCUGAACGCACAAUACGAAGCCGAAUUGGUCAAAUUCGCGUCGAAGCCACCCAAGGAGGAGAACACCGUCUCCGAGGAAGACCGCCAGGCCGACUAUUACAAGGGAUUCCGCAGUGCGGUCGUGUUGGUGUGGGUGUUUUGCAACUUUGCCCUGGCCGCGGUGGUGCUCAGCGCGGCUGGUCUGGAGGAGUUCAGCAGCGACCAGGAGACGACCGAGAACACGCGAGCCACCAUUUACAUGGCGGUGGUGCUGUGGAGUGUGGCGGGAUUGUCACUUUUCAAGUUCAUGGGAGCAAUGUGGUUCUUGACUGUGCGGAUGUUCCGCGGUGUUUAAUCUGGCGUUCGAUGAGUCGGCUUAGAUGGACAGAUAAACAGACAGACAGCAUACCGCUGCAGGCUCGGUAUGGUAUGAUGAUGACAAGCAAUGAUGGUUUCAUGAUACACGGGGCAACGGGAUACCCGG